GGUAUUUUCGGUAUUUCCACAAACGGUCACACCAAUGCGAUCAAUUCAAAAGACCAAACUGAUGUGAUUUAAUAAAUGCUUCAAAGAAGAGUGAAAUUAUCCGAAAAAGGACAACAAAUAGAAAGUGAAAGUGGAGUGUAGAAAGCAAAAUGGAACCGAAGAAGCUAAGUGCCGUGCAUAUUGCUGUGCGAGAGGCCCCUUUCCGUCAGUUUCUGGGACGACGCGAGCCCAGCGUCGUUCAGUUCCCACCGUGGGGCGAUGGCAGGUCACUGGUGGUGGAUCAGAAUGAGUAUAACUUCGAUCAUGCCUUCCAGGCCAACUCCAGUCAGGAGCAGCUGUACGAUACGUUGAUCCUGCCGCUGGUGGAUAAGGUCCUUCAGGGCUAUCCAUGCACGGCCCUGGCCUAUGGACAAACUGGCACUGGCAAGAGCUACUCCAUGGGCAUGGCGCCGCCCAAAAAUAUCCUGCAACCCGAACAGAUUGGCAUUCUGCCCCGCUGCCUCAACGACAUCCUGGCGCGCCUCAGAAGCCAGCAGGAGAACCACACGGUGCCCAUCAAAGUCUCUGCCUCCUUCAUCGAAAUCUACAACGAGAAGGCCUACGAUCUGCUGAGCAGCUCCCCGCAUGUGCCCAUGGUGCCGUCGAGGUGCCAGAGCUGCACCAGCCUGAUCCUGACCAGCCAGGAUGAUCUGCAGCGUCUCCUCCAGCUGGGGACUGGCAAUCGCAAGGUCCGAGCCACGCCCAUGAAUGCCAAUAGCUCGCGUUCCCAUGCCAUUGUUACGAUUCAUGUGCGGAAUGGGUCGCAGCACUCGCGGAUGAAUAUUGUGGAUCUGGCGGGCUCGGAGGGCGUGCGGAGGACGGCCCACGAAGGUGUGGCCAGGCAGGAGGGCGUCAACAUCAAUCGCGGCCUGCUCAGCAUCACCAAGGUGAUCAUGUCCAUGGGAGCGGGGCAUUCUCUGAUACCCUAUCGGGAUAGUGUGUUAACCACGGUUCUGCAAGAAUCCCUGACGGCCAAGUCGUAUGUCACCUUUCUGGCGUGCAUCAGUCCGCAUGCCGCCGAUCUCAGCGAGACAGUGGCCACUCUGAGGUUCGCCACCAGUGCCAAGAAGUUGAGACUGAAUCCCCAGCAGUUGCAGCGCAAGCAAUCGGUGACCGCACAGACGCCGCACGCCUUCCGGCGACCGCUUAGCAGCUCGACGGCCAUCAAGAGGCCCCUGCAGCCCGCUGCCCAGACCAGCAUUUGCACCGCCGCCUCCCCCCUGAAGUCCAAAAACCAGACGAUGCUCCAAAGGACGCGCUCCGACAUGGGCCUGACCCCCAAGGCAAAAAAGAGAGCUCGCGAGGUUCUGAAAAUGGAGGACACCACCCUGUCGGUGACGUCCAUCAACGUCUCGGACUGCAGUCUCAGCUUGAUCGAGUACCAGGAGGAGCUCGAGAAGGACAAGCAGCUGAUGCCGCCGCCUAGUGCAGGGAUGCGAGGACUAGCUCCUUCUGGCCAAAAGAAGGUCAUCUAUGGGUCUGACAGUCGGCUGCACUCCACCGCCCUGGAAUCGGCGCUGGAGGAGCACCGCCCUGUAUUUGUGCCACCACCUGCCACCAGUCGUCGUUGCCAGCUCUUCACCUGCCCAUCCAGCUCCAUUGAGGAGGAGGCCGAGGAGGAGGAGGACACCCUGUCGGAGAUGCCGACGAUUUCCAAUCGCCAGAAGGCCCUCUCCGGCAUACAGCCACUUGAGCCGUCGCCCCCGAAGCCCAAUCCGCCUGUCCAACGAAUGCUCCGUCGUUCCACGCGACUGAUGAGCAUCCAGAGCAUCCACGAGAGCAACACGACCCAGAGACUCAACAAGACCGAGAACCUGCGGAGGAGUGUGCGGCUGGCGCAGCUCAAGGAAGAGCCAGCUAGGGACUCGAACAAAACGAAGGGUGUGGUGAAGGCGAUGGAUCUGAUACCCACUGUGACUGUCGGGACAGGGGAAGUAGCCAAAAAGAAGACCAAGAAGGAGAAAUCCAGCUGGCUGGAUAGUCAUCGGAAGGACUUUCUCAAUCUUCUCAACAAUGGCAGCGUCAAGGAGCUGAAGAAGCUGCCGGGGAUUGGGCCAAAAACAGCCGCCUCCCUGGCCACAUACAGAUAUGUGGUGGGCUCGUUUAAGGACCUCGGACAGGUGCAAGAGCUGCCCAUCUGGGCGGGAAACAAGUGGCACAACGUCUGCAUCGCCAACUGCUUGGAAUCCUAAAAUCCAAACACCAAUAAUUAAUUUAAAAAAAAAAUAACAAUAAUUUAAUGCUUCUCUUAAGUAUUUA